UCGGCGGGAGCAGGGCAGCUCGGGGAGACCGGACUGGUAAAAGCUGCAAUUGCAGCAGCAGUUGCAGCAGCAGCAGCAGCAGCAGUAGCAGCAUUUGCAGCAGCGUUUGCAGCAUCCUCCUCUUCUCCGCGAACAAUGUUUGCAAAAGGCAAAGGCUCGGCGGUGCCCUCGGACGGGCAGGCACGGGAAAAGUUAGCUUUAUAUGUCUACGAAUAUUUACUGCACGUAGGAGCACAGAAAUCCGCACAGACCUUCUUAUCAGAGAUUCGAUGGGAAAAAAACAUCACGCUGGGAGAACCGCCAGGGUUUCUGCACUCAUGGUGGUGCGUAUUUUGGGACCUUUACUGUGCGGCUCCCGAAAGGAGAGACACUUGUGAACAUUCAAGUGAAGCAAAAGCCUUUCAUGAUUACAGUGCAGCAGCUGCCCCAAGUCCUGUGCUUGGCAACAUUCCCCCCAACGACGGCAUGCCCGGAGGCCCCAUCCCACCAGGUUUCUUUCAGGGUCCUCCGGGGUCACAGCCCUCGCCUCACGCACAGCCUCCACCCCACAAUCCCAGCAGCAUGAUGGGACCCCACAGUCAGCCUUUUAUGUCGCCACGCUACGCAGGCGGCCCCAGGCCCCCGAUCAGAAUGGGAAACCAGCCUCCAGGGGGCGUUCCUGGAACACAGCCAUUGUUACCCAACUCUAUGGAUCCCACGCGACAACAAGGUCACCCCAACAUGGGAGGAUCAAUGCAGAGGAUGAACCCACCCCGAGGCAUGGGGCCCAUGGGUCCUGGCCCACAGAAUUACAGCAGCGGCAUGAGACCACCACCCAACUCCCUCGGCCCCGCCAUGCCUGGGAUUAACAUGGGCCCAGGAGCUGCCAGACCCUGGCCCAAUCCCAACAGUGCUAACUCAAUCCCAUACUCCUCCUCAUCACCCGGUACCUAUGUGGGACCCCCCGGUGGUGGCGGCCCUCCAGGAACCCCCAUCAUGCCUAGUCCUGCGGAUUCAACAAAUUCCAGUGACAACAUCUACACAAUGAUUAAUCCCGUGCCGCCCGGAGGCAGCCGGUCCAACUUCCCGAUGGGGCCUGGCUCGGACGGCCCGAUGGGGGGCAUGGGUGGCAUGGAGCCUCACCACAUGAACGGAUCAUUAGGAUCAGGUGACAUAGACGGACUUCCAAAAAAUUCUCCUAACAACAUAAGUGGCAUUAGCAAUCCUCCAGGCACCCCUCGAGACGAUGGUGAGCUAGGAGGGAACUUCCUUCACUCCUUCCAGAAUGACAAUUACUCUCCAAGCAUGACUAUGAGCGUGUGAACCCCUCUCCACAACGCUGAGAGCCGGCAUUGCAGGCAGAAGAUGCCAGAAAUUAUGCAAGAAGAAGUGAGGUGUCGCUACCAGGAGCCGGGGGAGGGCGUCUCCCACUCCCCCUCCACCCUCCAACCCACUCCCCCCCAACCUCUUCCCAAUUUUAGUUUCAUGCAAUAAAAAGGCCAAACUUCUUAUUCCAUAAAACAUGAAGGACAGAACUCAAAUAAAGAUAUAUUUCAAGUCAAUGACCAGAAAAAAAAAAAAAUACUAACACCCCCACCACCACCCCCCCCCCCCUUGCUUCUCCCAAAAGGACUUUUUUCUGUAAAUGACACUUUUUGGUUGUUUUAUUUUUGUGUGUGUGCGUGUGUUUGUUUGUUUGUUUUUGUUUGGGGUUUUUACCUUUACUAGGAUUUUUAAAAUUUGUUUCCAAGGGGGCAUCUUGGGGAAAAAUAUUUUUUUUUUUUUAAUAAUGGAAACUUCUAGCAAGCCCUACACCUCACCCCAGUUAAUCUCUUUGCUUUCUUUUUAAAAUAACUAAAUUUAAAAGGGAGGGGGAGGAGAAAAGGCCAAAAAGAAAAGGAAAGAAGAAAAACCCACAAGUCCCCCUGCCUCUUCCCAAACCCUACCACCAGGAAAGCUAGGCAAGGUGUGAGAUCUUGCACUGACUCUGUUAGCCAUCUGAAAAUAAUAAACUCGACAGUUUAUACCCGGUGGUUUCUUUUAAAUGCUAUUUGGGAAAGAGAAAAAGUCAGCCCUUUUUUUUUUUUUUUUUUUUUUUUUUCACAUAGGGAUUUGGGCCUAUACAGUGGGCAAGGAGGGCAAGGAGCCUGCUUUGUUCUGUCUUGGUUGGCACAGCAACACACUUGGACCCCCCAACUGCCCCCUCUUCCCCCCCUCCCCACUCCAUCAUCAUCAUCAUCAUGUGGCCAGAGUACCCAGCACACGGCAAGCCCAGUCGAAGCCAUCACUGUGACCUCUGGGGUACACGAUGUCUCAAGACGUCUGCCUCCUCUUGGCAUCUCUCCUGGCCAGCCCAUCUCCCCAGCGAGAAUCCUGCCCGCUGGCUGAUGGCCCAGGCCUGGUAGGGGAGGGUCCCCCUUGCCCCCCUCCCACCACAGGAUGGUUGUGACCUGGGACAUGGAAACUGACCUCUGCCUUCUGGUCUUACCCCUCGCCUGGUGUGCAUGGGCAGGGUGGCCUGAAGUAGUUUCUCUCUCUCUCUCUCUCUCUCUCUCUCUUUCUCUCUCCCCAACCCCCUUUGUUCAUCCAUCCUCAAAGAUGGGCUGUUGGCCAGAAUUGUUCUGUAUUUUGCUUGGAACUGAUGGACAGACUGGCAUCGCAGUGGGCUGGGGCCGGGAGGGGGAGGCACCAGCAAAACUCAACACGAUGCUGUUUCUGGUUCUGUUUUUAUUUUCAAAAACCGACCAACCCGACGGAGCCUGUCCGCUCAGGAGGGGUGACUCGUGGGCCCCCACACACACGGAAACCUUUUGUGUCUUGCCCUGGAAGACACCCCGAAUUCUUUGUACAUUUAUACCCUUCUUCACCACCCCUAGCCCCCCCUCCUUCCCCCCUCCCCCCCGUAGCUGGUCCUUGUUUUUUCCUUCCCCCUUCUGACCCAUGUAUAUCAUAUUAUGUGAGAUACCAUCUGCCUGAAAAAAGACCUUGUGCGGAUUAUUGGGAACAUUGUAGCUGUUUUCUGUGUUUUUUCUUACCUUGUAGUCUGGUUCUGAAUUGAGAGGAAAAAAAAAAAGUAAUUAUUAUACAUUGUAGUUUGUGUACGAUAUAUGUUGAUAACGUUUUAUUAAAGGGACAUCUUUUUUCCGCA